CCUGUCACGAUUGCUGCGCCACCUGGCGUCGGGCACUCCCACCAGGUUUGUUUUGGGCUGACGGCAACACGGGGCGUUGACGGCUGAAGUAGACGUAAAAGCAUCACGAUGAGACUAGAAACUUUCUGGACGCCCUUUAUUUGGGCGCACAAUAUUCGAACUGGAUGCAAAUGGGUCGCAGGAUACACAAUGGCUUCAUGUGUGGUCCUUAUUACAUUUACGUGCCAUAUGUUGAACGGCGGUGAAUCUUCCCAGCUGUACUCACCGCUCUUUGAAACUGACGUGCGCUAUUCUAUGAAGACUUUUGGUGGUAUUUUCAUCACCUACUUCCUCCUCCUGAUCAUCUUCUCCAUACUUCUGUUGGUCGGACUGCACAGAGGCACGCGUGGUUUCAUGCUUCCAUGGAUGUCAUUCUUCGGCCUGGGCAUAUUAUUCCAGUGUGUCUUUGGACUGUGGCUGAUUGGUGGAUACUAUAUUUAUUUGGACUGUGUGAUGUAUGCAUUCAUAAUCUGGAUAUGGAUGGGUUAUAACAUCUAUUGCUGGUUGUGUGUACACUCCCAGUAUAUGGUAAUAGCAGAAAUGCAAUCACCAAAUAUUAUUCUGUUGUAUCCGUGAUGGUUCUCCUGUGAACCACAUUCUUUAGAAUAAGAAUUGCUUUGGAAGGUAGAGUAGAUCUGUCUUACAAACUGAUCUCUUAGCCAAAUUUUUUCCUUUUUUUGAACAAUGUCUAUUUAUGAACUGACUGAAUCUUAUUUUAUGACAGCUCUAUUCAUAUCAAAGUUACAGAUGUUUUUCUGUAGUUCUAAGAAUGUUUUGAUUCAAUUGAGCUGAUUCAUUAACAUUGAUGCAAGAUCAAUCAAUUAUGCACUGCACAAAUUUGUCUGCCUUUUAUUCCGUCCAUUUUAUAAAUAUGUUAGUCUUUUUAUUCGGUCUAUUUUUUAUAAUAAUUUUAUUCUAUAGUUUUCUAGGGAACAUUGACAAUUUGCCGUAUUUAUUUGACAAAUGUCACCAUAGACAGUUUCCUUGUUUUUAUUAUUAUAGAUAAGGGAAAUUUCCUCUUUUCCCUGCUUAUAUGUAGACUUUUGUACAAGAUAUUUUGUUAAAUGUGGAUAAAGUGAACUCCACAAGUUGUUCGAUGACAAAAAUGUACUUUAAUGUGAUGCUUGUUGAUAUCAAAGUAUUAAUGCUGUUGAGCUGCCAGCAAUACAUUAAGUAUCAGACAUGAUUGUUACUUUGUUUUCAUGCAAACUAUACUAGAAUAUCAAUUACAACGCUCAUGAGCUGUGUGACAUCUCAUACACCUUAACCACAGCCUUAACUCAGACUGUUUUUGGCACAUAAAUAAAUUACUUUCUAUUUCUUAUUUUUUCA